GCUGAAGAGAAAGAGAAAAAAACACCAGAAGAUAUUCCAAGGUUACAUUUUCCAGCGCUCUAUGUUUUUACUCCCAAAUAUCAUCUAGAAUAGAAGAACAAAUAGAAAUUUAAUAACCGUUAAUCAUCUUAUCAAGAACACAGCUUUAGUCUAAUACUCUUUCAUAGAUAAAUUAUGUAAGAGUAGGUGUUUCCUGCAUUAUUUCACCUGGUUGAUUAGUUUCAAUAUAUAAUUCUUUUCCAGGAUAUUUGAUAUCAUUUUCCUCGAGCAAAGUUUCAUUCCUAACUGGGUAGAAAUAAUAUUGAUGUAACUUGUGAGGGUGGCCCAGCUGAUUGAGUUUCUCUGUUCCCAUUUCAUAGGAACAAAAUUACCUACAAGUCUGAAAAUGUAAGAAUGAGCAGAUCUGUCAUCUUCCCCAAUAUAGUGAGCUCAGGAAAAAGAAUGCACUCAGCACAACCAAAGUCUUCCAAUGUGGAUGCAUUUUCUCAGUCUCAACUGACUAUUCAAGAGAGUGAUCAUCUGGGGUCUAACAAAGUCUUCCAUCAGAAAGUCAAUUGCAGUGUUAUUUCCCUCCCACCUCUGGAAGGCCAAGCAAAACAUGGUUUGGUUGCAGACACUGCAAAGCCUCCUUGCCUUGAAAGGAGCCUGCCUCAGAUAACAAAAAAGAGCCUGCAGAAUGUGCUGCACUCUCUUCAGGAAAACAAAACUCAAGGUCAUUUUUUGCAGUUUAACCUACCCGAGAGUCUUCCUGAAAGUGAUACCAGAGCCCAGCCAAAAUCAUCAGAACUGGAAAACACAAGCACUGGUGUCAAACUACCUAUGACAGCAUCAGAAGCCUUGAAAUAUUUUAGAAACCAGUUAACAGUCUAUGAGCAAAAAGAAAUUUUCAACUAUACAGAGCUAUGGUUUCUUGGGCUGGAAGCUAAAAAGAUUGAAGGUUUGCCUGAAACACAGAAUAAUUGUUAUGAUGAUGAACAUGGUUCCUACUUAAAGGUUUUACAUGACCAUAUUGCAUACCAAUAUGAAGUGCUGGAGGUCAUUGGGAAAGGGUCAUUUGGGCAAGUGGCCAAAUGUUUGGAUCAUAAAACCAAUGAAUUGGUGGCAGUGAAAAUAAUAAGGAAUAAGAAAAGAUUUCACAGUCAGGCUUUGGUGGAAGUGAAGAUCCUCGAUGCUCUUCUGAAAAAGGACAAAGACAAUACUCACAAUAUCAUCCACAUGAAGGAGUACUUCUACUUUCGCAAUCACUUCUGUAUUUCCUUUGAACUGCUGGGAAUAAAUUUGUACGAAUUGAUAAAAAAGAACAAUUUUCAAGGUUUCAGUCUGUCUUUAAUUCAACACUUCACUCAGUGUGUGCUGAGAUGUUUACAAGUGCUUUACCAGGAAAGAAUCAUUCACUGUGAUCUGAAAACUGAGAACAUAUUAUUAUACCACAAAGACCAAGGUUCAGUUAAAGUUAUUGACUUUGGAUCAAGCUGCUAUGAACACCAAAGAGUGUACACAUAUGUUCAGAGCCGGUUUUAUCGCUCCCCUGAAGUGAUUCUUGGUCAUCCUUAUGCUAUGGCUGUUGAUAUGUGGAGCCUUGGCUGUAUAAUGGCUGAGCUUUACACAGGCUACCCACUGUUUCCAGGAGAAAAUGAAGUUGACCAACUUGUCUGCAUCAUGGAGGUAUUGGGUCUUCCACCAGCUGAUUUUAUUCAGACCGCAUCAAGAAGGCAUACAUUCUUUGAUUCCAAAGGUUUGCCUAGAUCUAUAACCAGCAGCAAGGGGAAAAAGAGAUGCCCAGACUCCAAGGAUCUAAGCACAGUGUUGAAAACCUAUGACGCUGCUUUUCUGGACUUUCUGAAAGGAUGUCUAAUGUGGGAACCUGCCCUGCGUAUGACUCCAGAUGAAGCAAUGAAGCAUGCAUGGAUCCAGGAACCAAAAACAUUCAGAGGAAGACAGAAAACACAGAUUUCAAGGAAGAUGAGUGAUGGCUCUUUCUUUACACCAGAAAAGAGAAAAGAGAAUAUUUAAAAUAUCUGUCAAGACAAUGUUUACAAAGUGAAAAGUGAACUGGCUGAAAGACUGACUCCCACUGUGCCCUCCACAUGCUCAGUAGAAAAUGAAGUGCAGAACACAAGGAAACCUGUUAUUCCAGAGAAGCAAUUGAAGACCCAAGUGGAAAAGGCUAUCAAAAAAAAUCAAGCAGAACACAGUAGUGAAACAGCUCUUCAAAAAAAUUCUUUUUUUUCCCCCAACGAUUAAGUAAUAUUUAAUACAAGCAAUGAUUGGUUCAGUCCCAUAUGUAGUAUAUUUUAUAGGUAUGUACUCAGGAACAUCACUUUAAACUGUAUCUCUCUGCAUAUGGGCUGCACAUGUUGUAGAUACUCUUAAUGUUCUUUUUACUGUAGAAUAUCCAAGCAACCAAAACAAAAUGUAAAAAACAGUCUUUUUCCUCACUAACAUCCUUGUUAUGAUCAGAGCUGCUUCACAGCUAGAGGCACUAUUUCUGAUAAAAUGGAGACUGUAGAGGUGGAGAGCAGCUUACACUUGAUAUUAUAAUAGACUUUCGCAUUUAAGGGUUUCUGCUUCCUGGAGCUAAACAAACAAAUACGUCAAAGAAUCUGAAUCCUUUCACUUGUAUCAUCAUAAAUCAGGAGGAAUUCACGGAUAGGAUUACUAGUUUACUUCUGUAUAAAUAGUAAAAGAAAUCAAACCCAGCAUCUCCGUCUUCCUCCCUUUCUCCCUCUCUCUGAAUGAAGCACUACAUAGAAGCCAUUGGCAUCACUUCUUAGUAGAGUCAGAAAUGUAGAUUAUGUUCUUUAGCUCUUUAGCAGCAACAAAGGGGAAUCAUAUUCUGUGCCCACUUCUGCAGGGAACCCACUCUGUAUUCAUAUCAACAAGAAGGAUGAAUUUCAGCAAGUUUUGAUUCAAGUAAAUUAUCCUCCAGGCAGAGUUUUAGUUAAUACUCUGGAAGAACAGAUUUCUAUGACUCCUGAGCAGAGUCAUAAUUAAUUUAAGCAUUAAGCUCUUUGGACAAUACACUAUCUUUUCUUUGCAUUUAUAAAGCAUCCAUUUCAUUAUGACUAUUAUCCUUUACUGUGGCCUAUAAAUAGUACUGUAAUUUUGUUUUAAAAAAAGAGGAAAUUAUCCUACAAAAUGCAGCCACUACUGUAACAGUGAUAUUGCAGUCAUCCCAAGAGACUAAGUGAUUGUAGGUGUUAAGAGUCACCAUAACAGCAAGCUCCCACAGGUUCUAUGUGCAAAGGAAAAACCCACAGGACAUGAGAACACUCAUAACACAGCUCUUGUGUACACCAGCCAUCUGGUAGGGUACAGAGGUGACUUUAUGACAAAAGGCCUACAGCGGUGUGCUCUCCUACUGAGUACAAAGUUAUAGUGAUAACAGUGAUCUCAGAAGAACUGGAGCAUAGAAAAUGGUAUGCAAGAUACGGUAUGAUCAUUUUGUUAGUUUCAGGCAAGUCUUGGGAUUCAUGAAGAAUCAUCUGGAAGACGAGUAACCCAAGCAGGGGAGUAGCCCAUUAUUGAAUGUAAUUGAGCAGUGAAUUAUAAAGAUAUUUUGACAGACAAAUAUCAUCCUUCUGUGAUAAAGCCAUCACUGACAGGCUGGUCAGCUUGCAGUACCAGAAUGCCAGUACCUCUGGCUUCAAACACAGUCCUUUGUAGCUGAGCCAUCCUGGAAAUAUAAAAUGCUCCCAUAUUGACCGUAGUGAUGUACGAGGAGAAGUGAGUUCUCUUGUGCAUUACAUUUCUGUAAUGACAUAGAAUAUCCAAGGUGGGUGACCAUCUUGCAGAACAUAGAGAUAAAGAUGUGGGCAGAGCCUUAUAAUGUUUCACAGAGAAGGAUUUCCACCCCUGAUGAGAGCUGAAUGAUUCAUCCCUUGUUACAUGGAGUAUUCAGAUAAAUUGGUGUAGGUAUUUGAGGAAGAUUUGGGCUGUUUGCAGGUAACACAGAAGAUAAAAGCCAAGGGUUUAUGUUUAAGUGCAAGAGUUCAGUGCAGAUUAAAAACUGCAAAAGGGUAUCCUGAUAUCCUGGCUUGCAUUCUUGGAAAUGGAAUUUGUAAUGUUUCAAUUCACUUGCUGUUCAUUUUUCAUCUCUGUUGUGGUAUGUUCACAUGACUGCUUAGACUCCUCCAAGUUAAAAUAUCUCUUACCAGAAUUAUGCAGUUGCGUGUAUGUCUUUACCUUAGAGGCAAAGUUUGAGGUCAAUUAUACCAAGCUGUUCUUGAUAGUAGUGCUUAGUCCUAAUAAAGCUGUAAAUCCA